ACCAAAUGUUAAGAGCGCCCCCUACAGGCCGCUGAGGGGAGCAGGUAGCAGCGCAGCCUCCAUCUCUCGCGAGGAACGACGCCGUUAUCGGAAUCUCUACAAACAACACGAGAAUUCGUCAUUCACACGCAGUGAAGAAUGUCUGGACAGGAGCUGGAUGAAAUAGUUCAAAUAACAGUGGAGGAUUUUCAGCCGGAUGGUCGUAACGAUUUGUUAGACAAUAAUGGAGACAGUGAGGAAAGACCACAGAAGAAAAAGAGGAAACUAAGCAGCAGCCAGGACAACAACAACAACAACAGCAACAACAAUAACCAGGAACUCUCUUUUAUUAAGAAUCUUUUGGUUUCUUUGACUGAAUCCAUUAACCAGCGGCUGGAAGCAAUCGAGUCAAAGCUGCAGUCCCUAGACUCCACCUGCAAAGUCCUUGUCCGCAAACUUGACAGCGUGGCUCCGUGUGCAAAGAGCCCGGUGCAGGUUCCGAUGGUUGCAGGUUCCCCACAGGGGGCCACUCAAACUUGGAACAAAGUUCGAUGCGUUGUCCCGCAAACCAAUGUGAUAGUUAGCAGGGAACAACCAAAGGCUUUAAACCAGGAAGACAAUCCACUCGAAAACCUGCUCAGCAACACAGUGGCCAGGAGGCGACAGAACACCAUCCUGGUUAAAGUGCCGGGCGCUGACGAGAGUCAAGAGGAACAAGACAGCGGCUCCGAGGCCAGCGACUCUGUUUCUAAUAGUGGUCAUUCAAGCGGUGCACAAAAUGGCCAAAAUGUCACGCUGAUCACCCUUAAUGCAGAAGAGGAUUAUCCAGAAGGUACCUGGUUGGGAGAUGAAAACAACUCCGAGAUGAGGGUCCGCUGCCCAAUUUCUCCAUCUGACAUGCUUUAUAUCAGCACAAACUGCCGCACAGCAGAGAAAAUGGCCCUGACUCUGUUGGACUACUUAUUUCACCGGGAGGUCCAGGCAAUGUCAAACCUCUCCGGGCAAGGAAAGCAUGGAAAGAAGCAGCUAGAUCCUCUAAUGAUCUAUGGCAUCCGAUGCCACUUGUUCCACAAAUUUGGCAUCUCUGAAUCUGACUGGUACCGGAUCAAACAGAGCAUCGAUUCCAAGUGUCGCACCGCCUGGAGACGCAAGCAGCGUGGCCAGAGUCUGGCAGUCAAGAGCUUUUCCAAACGAACUCCCCGCAGUACGGUGGCAGAGGAUGGUGUCUCGGAUGAAGCUGCUCAUUUAGAGGCCGCCACCCAGCAGACCCUGCAUUACACGCUGGCCAAUCAGCAGGUCCAGUUCCAUCGCAUUGGUGAAGACGGGCAGGUUCAGGUGAUUCCACAGGGACAGCUUCACAUCGCUCAGGUGCCACAAGGAGAGGAGGUGCAGAUCACACAGGACAGCGAGGGAAACCUCCAGAUUCAUCAGGUGCACGUCGGUCAGGAUGGACAGGUGCUGCGUGGAGCUCAGUUGAUAGCUGUCGCUUCAGCCGAUGGAGGAGCCACAGCAGUGGAGGGAUCCGCUCUCCCACCUGACAUUCAAGUGCAGUAUGUGCAGCUGGCUCCUGUUUCUGAUCACACAGCAACUGUGCAGGCUUCCGAACUGACGCCAACCUUACAGGCUGAGAUGGAAGUGAAGGAAGCCAUCCAGGGUGCCAUCCAUGGAGACAAUGGCGAGGUUGUCCAGAUCGUUAGCUCGGUGGCCACCUGAUAGACCGUUGAUACGUCGCAGACCUGAACCUUGCCAUGCAGCGUGGCCCUGUGGAAAAGUCCGAUAAGCCAUUGAGCUAAAAAGUUACCUAAGGUCACAGAUGAAAUGGAGAAAGAAUGAUUUUUUUACUCUGUGUUUUAUUUUGCAAACUACUCCUGUUUUUUGGUUUUUUAACGGCAAAUGGUAAACAUUGUGAGAUGGUGUUUACAAGUUAUCUUUUAAAAAGAUGUCAACUUCCAAAUUAUCUGUGGUCAUUCUUGCUCUUUAUAACCAGAAGGACCUGAACUACUGUAGGACAACCGGAGUGUUCAGUUCGCUGUUAUUCCAACAGCUUUGGAAAGAUCUAAUAGAAGUCAAUAUCUAGCUUUCCAAACCCCCCCAAAUCCCACUGGAGUUUCUGUGGCCUUUCUCAUCCUUACUUUCCACAGUGCACACCAAUGAGAAAGUAGAUUUAGAUAAGGACAGCUACUCUUGUUUGUGUUGAAUUAGAUUGGUUGUCUAUACCAUAAUUCAGUCCACAUUAGGCCCCCCAGCUGUGAGCUGCACCGCUCUUUGUUUUGGCUGGCAUUUUUCCAUAUCCCCUCAGCCUCAGAGUUUUGAAUUACUUGUUAUAUUUAUAUAAUUGUAAAGAGAAGCUAUAAUUUUAGAGACAACCAUAAGGGGAAGACAUGACAAGAUGCUUGUAGACCUCCAGGGAAACCCUUAAGUUGUUUAUUCCUCUCAGUUUUGUCUGUAUGACAGAUCCACUUUUGUGAAUAAAACAUGCUUGUGGCCACCAUAAAAAACCUUGCUUUUAUUUUGGUUUCUUUCGCUCUUUACCGUCUACAUUAAAAUGAAUGUGCUUUCAAGGUCUUCUUUCAUCCACAGAGAGAGAGACAAUUGAUGUCUCCCUGAGAUGAUAGUGUGGGUUUGAGGUUGUUGAGGUUUUAUGUUGAGCUAAUUGUUUCAAUGUUCUGGAAAUAAAUAAAUAAGAAUCAUGUUAGCUUCGCUAACCAUAAGAAUAGGCUACUGUCCUGUGAACAUUACUGGCAAAAAUGCAGCAAAAUGAGCUCAGCGUAGUUUUUUUGCUUAGACUGUAAUUAAUUUAUCUCUCAUAAUUGUGUAUCCACUAUAAUUUAGCUAAAUUGAACACAUUUCUGCUUAUUUCUUUUUUUCUUUGUAUAAAUACAGAGGAUAUGUUGUUGUAAUUGAGAGAUGUUCCGCUAAUGAUGUAUAUCCUUGCAGUCAGACAGUGCAGAUAAGAGAGACACUCUGAGACCGUAUGUGUUCCAGUGAGCAUGUUUCCCAUGCUCGGUGUGAUGUAAUGGUGUAUUUUGGAUUGAGGAUGUGAACCAGGCAACUAAAUGAAC